UCACUCGCCCUUUUCUAAGAUGUCUGCUUGCCCGGCCUCUUCCGCAUGGGGCCUCGUUGUCGUCAAACGGCUGCCUCCCCACGGGCGCGGCCUGAGAGAGGGAGGCGCGGCGAAGGCGACGAGCAGGCAAGAUGCUGAGCCGGCUGCAGGAGCUCCGCAAGGAGGAGGAGACGCUGCUGCGGGUGAAGGCGGCGCUGCACGACCAGCUCAAUCGGCUCAAAGUUGAAGAGCUGGCCCUUCAAUCAAUUAUUAGCUCCAGAGAAAGGGAAGGGAUGACCCAUUCUUCACCUCUAACAGAAGAACCAGAAAAUAUCUUGGUGCAGGUAGAUAAUGAAACUUCCAUCAAUCAAACUGAAUUACAGCUGAGCACAAGAAAUCAUGCUCAAGAAGAGGAAGAGGAGGAGGAGGAGGAAGAAUCUGAUUCCUAAAGGAAAAAGGGAAAAAUCAGGAUUAAUUAUUUAUCUAAGUUAAUUUUAAGAUUCAGCAACUUUCUCUAUUCAAAGAAACCAUUCCAGCACAGUCAUUAUGGACUUGCUAACAGGGAAUGAAGAACUGUCAGAAAAUGUGUUAUUAAAAUGACACCAUAGCUCACUGAAGCUGUUGUGUUGAGUUAAAACAAAAACUGACCAUAGGUAGGAAAUUCAAGGCUAUUUUAAUCACUGAAAAAAAGGUCAAGUUCAAAGUCAAAUUAGAUACAUAUACAUACUAGAGAUAAAACUCCGUGUCACUAUCUAUUGAAAUAUUCAUGUAUUUGCAACCAGAAAAGUUUAAAUGUAAGCCAGCCCUCACAUUUUUCUAAUGCAUAUUGACAAGACAUGCUAUUAACUCCCUUGUGCACAGAGCAAAGGUGUGUUAUAGGGUCUAGAAUCUAGUAGAUAGAAAGGUGAAGAAGUAUAAUGGGAUUUAGCUUCACAUAUAAAGAACAUAAGCUGUUUAAAUGCCACUCUGAGUAACAAAGAGCUCAGAUAUGCUGCUUGGUGUGGUUGUGAGAUAUCUUAAUUUGAGUUAACAUAUUGUGGGAAAAUGUGGUCAGAGUAAAUUUUAGAUAGAAAUGCUGUCUACUAGAUACCAAAGGAGAAGAGCCAAACCAUGUUCUUUUAGAAUCCAUAUUGUAAUAAUAAAACUGAAAUCAUUUAAAAAAUCAUUUUUGUAUUUAAGGAAAUGUGCCAUAUUUUUAAAAAUGUCUUAGGAAAUACUUGAGUAGAUUUUGUUUUUGUUUUUUUACAAUAAAGAGAAAAUGGCUAAAGAAAUAACAUAAAAACUUCUCAUCUGUGGUCAAAAUUCAUUUCUAUGCUCUUUCCCUUCUCACAGGACUACAGUUAAUUUAGUUCAGACUUGCACAAAAUAUAGCAGCCCCAAACACAAAGAAAAAACAACAGACGUUAUUAUGGAAUGCUUUUUAUGUAUGCAAUCUAAAAAUCAAGUCUUCAUUAAAUUAGAAACUGUUAUCUAGUAAUCAGAAACUGAAUCAAACACAAACAUUUUUCUUUGAAAAUAGUAUCUAAUGUUCACUUUAGAAAGUAAUUUUUUAUUCACUUUAGUCAGUGUGGUGUCAAUUUCUAGGGGCAGCUAGGUGGCAAAGUGGAUAGAGCACCAGCCCUGGAGUCAGGAGAACCUGAGUUCAAAUCCAGCCUCAGAUACUUGACACAUACUAGCUGUGUGACCCUGGGCAAGUCACUUAACACCAAUUGUCUCAUCAGAAAAACCAAAAAAUAAUAAUUCCUAGGACAUAGAGAAGUUUUGAGUAAGUUCUAAGCUUGGUAUAUAAAUGGAAACCAGGAAGACUGCAACACACAGCAACACUAAUUAUUCUUAGUUAAACUAAAUUGUAUUUCUCCUUUGGGGUAUGACUAGAGAAAAGUGAAACACUAAAGUUAAUCAGGGCUGAAACUCAUCUUGACCAAUGCUUCAGUGAUAAGUGCCAGUGUACAGUAGCAGUGAGUAAUCAAGGAUUUAUGAUAUAAAUUAUUCCAGUUAUGAAACCUGAAAACUGACCAAAAUAUUUCAAGUCACCUCAUGAGUUUAGAUCGAGAUGAUACUAUCAUAGCAGUGUUAUACCUACAGAUGACUAUUUUGCCUUUUCUAAAAUAAAGCAAGGAAUUUAAGUCAUGGAUGUUUGUCCUUUUUAAUUGGAUCACAAAAAUCUCAUUUAAGUUCUAGUGUCCAGUAGGUCAGGGAUCAGCAUACCAGAAGAUGCUUCCCAGAAUUUUUUUUCAUGUGAUAAAGCAAAAGUCCCCUUUGUCAAAUAUUUUUAUUGGCUGUGCAGUCUUGUUCUUACAAAGAAGAAAAUGAGGGAGGGAGUUUCAGGCAAUGUCAUUCAAGUUUACAUGCAGUAAAAGCCCAAACAGCCAUUUAAAGAAAUGUUAAACCUUAAAAGGGAAUAAAUUGCUAGGAAUGUAGAAUUCAUUUGGUGACUUAGUGUUGUAACAAAAUUCUGCUUGCUCACCUGUGAAUAGCAUUAGCACAAAGCACAAAUUAUGUGCAACCUUUUAGUGCCAUGAGCAAGAUGUUUUGGAAACCAAUUUCCACAUUUUUAUAUGACUACAGUGCUAUAGAAAUCAGUCCUACUGAUAGCAACAAAUGAGGAAAGUUUUUUGUUAGUCAUUUCAAAAAUAUCUACUUCCUUAACUAAGUUGGUAAGAA